CUGAAAAGCAUGACACACAGAUAAGGAAGCAGAGUGCAAGCGGGGCAGACUGUCAAGACAGAACUAAGGUCUUCGGGAGACUCCCAAUGUGUCAACCAUGGCCUACCAGUACGGAAAAGUGCAGGACCCAAAUGUGCUUACUCAGACGAUAAUCUCCAACAUCCAGAAGAUAACACAACAAACAUCUGAAAUACAGAGAAUUGUGAAUCAGUUGGGAACAACACAAGACACAACUGAGCUCAGACAGCAACUGCAGCAGAAACAGCAAAAUGUCAACCACCUUGCCAAAGAAACAGACCGAUGUGUGAAGGAAUUUGGCUCUUUGCCUGUCACAACUGAACAGCGCCAGAGAAAGAUCCAGAAAGAUCGCCUUAUCAAUGACUUCUCCAAUGCACUGGCAAAUUUCCAAAAGACACAGAGGCAGGCUGCUCAGAAAGAGAAGGAGUUUGUUGCCAGAGUCCGUGCCGAGUCCAGAGUGUCGGGUGGCUUUCCUGACGACAGCUUUGGAGGAAAUGGAAACUCCUUUGAAAGUGGGGGACAGGCCCAGGUCCAGUCACAGUCCCAGGAGGUGGCCAUCACCGAGGAAGACCUGCAGCUCAUCCAGGAGAGAGAGACUUCCAUCAGACAGCUAGAGUCUGAUAUUACAGAUAUAAAUGAAAUAUUUAAGGACUUGGGAAUGAUGGUCCAUGAGCAGGGUGAUAUGAUCGACAGUAUAGAGGCCAAUGUCGAAACUGCCGACCUUCAUGUUCAGAAUGCCACCCAGCAGUUAGCACAGGCUGCAGACUAUCAGCGCAAAUCUAGAAAGAAGAUCUGCAUUCUCAUUGUCGUUCUGGUCGUACUUGCUGUUGUCGUUGGUUUAAUCAUCUGGGCAUCAGUUAAAGGAUGAUGAUGCUGCUUUUCACACACUUUGGUCCUGGCAGUUUCAUGAUUCUUUAGGAUUAAGUUUGAGUUACAAGUCUCAAGGCCAUUGCUUGUAAAAUGAAGACAAAUGCGACAGCUGUUUCGUACUGUCACUUUACUAUACUGAACAAAAAUAUAAACGCAAAAUGUAAAGUUUUGGUCCAAUGUUUCAUGAGCUGAAAUAAAAGAUCGCAGAAUUUUGUCUACAUGCA